AUGCUAGGCACCUGGAGGCUAGACACCAAGAGCGAGAACUCCAUGUUCAUGCGUCAAGCCAUCGACCCGGCCACCGCAAGGCCGGUCGUGCAGCAAGCAUGCAACAGUUGCCGUGCAAAGAAGCUCAGGUGUAGCGGCGAGAAGACGGGCUGCGGCCGGUGCAAAAAAGUCUCGCGGCCGUGCGAAUAUGCCCAGCCGGUAGCCAAGGGGCCGGCAAGGCUCAAGCGGAGCAAGUCCGGCAAGGAGGCCAAGGACGGGCUGCCAAAGAGGAAACAAGGGCGGCCGACCACAACUCCCCAGACAGACCCACCAUCGUUGAAGCUCUCGGUUGAAGUAGACGGCAGCCACGCAGAGCCCGGAUCGCUCCCAACGCCGUCGCUAGACUUGACUAUGGACCUGAGAGACCCUGGCCAAACCAGCGGCAUCUCUCCUACGCUGCUCCAGCUCGACAUGGCCGACGGCGCGGGGAAGGGGUGCGGGGCCGGCCCCGGCUCCCCCUGCAGCAUCGAGCAGUGGCUCAAGUUCCCGUCGCACUCGCUGGACAUGGACGAGGACAUGGACAUGUCCCUGUGGACCAACGAGGGCGUCGACCCGACGGCGCUCAGCCUGGUGACGCCGUCGGCGACCUCGGCGACCAUGACGCCUGCGCUGUCUCCCGCGUCAACCGACCACAGCGUGCUGCUCUGGCCCAGCAACGGCAUGCUCCCGACGCCGACCGACGACGGCAGCCCGCUGUCGGGGUCGUCCGACCUCGGCCUCAGCCUCGGCGAGGGGGCGAGCCCGGACGGCUCGGAGCCGUCCUUCGUCAAGACGCGGCCGCGCAGCAGCGCGACGUCGUCGGCCAACAGCAGCACGCCAGCGCGGCCGUGCCAGUGCCUCCAGCAGGUCGUGUUCCUGAUCGACGAGCUCGAGUCGGCGCAGGGCGAGUCGGCCACGCAGCUGGACGCCGGCCUGGCGGCGCACAAGAAGGCGCUCCGCCACGGCGAGGCCAUGGUGCGGUGCGGCCACUGCACCACGCGCCCCGAGAACAUGACCAUCCUGACCUUCCUCACGGAUCGGCUCAUGGGGCUGUGUGAGCGCAUCGUGGCCAGCUACCACGAGCCCGUGUACUCCGAGAGCGGGGGAGAGUCGCCGCCUACUAACAGCGGCGCGGCCAUGGCCAGCAGCACCACACGCGCCAAGACUGUGACAGUACCAGCACCAGCACCAGCAGCAACAGACGGCCAGGGCGCGACCAUGCCGCUAGGCGUGUACUUUGGCGACUACGAGAUCGACUGCCCGGGCGAGUGGCAGGCGUUGGUCAGGAACCUGAUUGUGCUGCAGCUGCGGGCGCUGGGCGCGCUGAUGGGCAGGGUCAAGGAGGUGUCGGAGCUCAUGCCGUGCGACACGGCGUGGCGCAAGGUGGUGGGGGCCGAGACGCGCCUAUCGGCACUGCUCGAGCAGGUUGGCGGAGGAGGAGGAGGAGGCGGAGGCGGUGUGUCGUGGAACUCGCUCGGCUGA